UGUUGUUUUGGUUAUAAUAUGUUUAUACACACCAAUAGGUGUAACAGAAUACCUGUCGGAUCCAUAUAUGGUCAGUGACAAGAAAAAAUAUAGUGUUGGCGACACAGCCUGUUUGAAGUGUAAUACAAAAAACGAUAGUUUUCCUUUAAACUUUUAUGACAAUAAUGGUAAUUUAUCGUGUCAAAUUGAUGAAUAUCUUGAUGCAGCAAUCUGGGAUCGUCGGAUUGACAGCGAAUGUACAAUAACAUCAACAGGAGCUGAAUUAUGUCUACAAGCUAUACAAGUGAAAGAUAAAGGUACCUGGUAUUGCAAUGUGAUAGGCCACCCAAAUAAUGCUACAGUUUAUAUUGAUUUUGAUACUAAUAAAGAUAAUAGAACAAUGGUCAAAUUGGCAAGGUUGACUAGUGCCAACAAACCAACAACUUUUGAGAUGGCAACCACAACGGUUGAGAUGGCAAACCCAACUUCUAUGAGUAAACCAACAACUAAGAUGACAAAUUCAGUCAAUCACGAAAUUAAUUGCCUACCGAUACAUGUGUAUGUGAUAUAUGGUUCUUUGGUGAUUUCAUCAAUUUCUAUUUUGGUGGUAAUUGUGGCCGUAAUACUAUGUGUGAUAAAGAAAUGGACACGUAGACAAAAGGAUGAUACAUAUCAAACGAUGGGGGAUAGAUCUAGAGAGAGUAGACAUUAUUACGACCACAUAUCCACCCAACCAAACCUUCCAAUUCAAACACAAAAGAAGCGAAAAACGACAUUAUUCGAUAGAUUGUUGAAAGCGUUUAGUAAAAAACUCCAAUUAGAAAUUGGAAAUGAAUAUGAGGAGGUUCGCAAUUUAAAUAAACCAGCAGUCGUUUCUUCAAACCCCCCUGAGCUCCCGAAGAAAAGGGACGUGAAUGUUAGCCUAAUCAAUGAGAGUAACGGAGAUAACUACUUAGAACCGGUAGUCACCCCAACUUUAAGAGAAAAAUACAAAAUUCGCAUUGGGAAACAACCGAUUCCCGAAGCACAAAAAAAGUUAAGUAUGCCGUCUUGUGGUUCAGAUUCGACUGUAGUUCAAGCGACUGUAGAGUCAAGGGCAUUUAAGGGGCGUAACCCUGCUUCAGGGAGUUCAUCUGUAAAACCCCAAAAGAACGUUGAGGUCUGUAAACAUCUUUUAACUAGAUCAAUUUCUCUACCGAGGAAAAGUACUGUAAUUGUCAUAUGAAAUGAUUUGUCACUUUCAUGGGGACACAUAGCACUAAUUUGUGAAAAGAACCAUUCUAGACAUUUUCAAUGUCGGGGUCAGGUAUGUACUGUAACAACAAAUAUGACGACCCUCUCACGUUUCGAAUUUUAUGACAGCGACCUAUUCUCUCGGCAUGGGAUAGUAUUCUUCGAAUUAAAAUAGUUUGAAAGGGGUU